AUGAAGAUUAUCUCAGACAAAGGCCAUUCUUUCAUCAGGGAGGCUUCCUCCUCAACGACUGAGCCACACGAGAAUAGAGACUACACGCUCACCGAGCACUCAUCGGACGAAAUAUUAGUUGAAUUCUCAGAUGAUUCUUUCGCCAAUCCAAACAACUGGUCUAUCAAUAAAAAAGUGUGCAAUGCAGUCAUCGCACUCUUCGCUGUGCUCAAUAGCGGUUUAUCGUCUUCAUUACCGAGUAAUGCAAUUCCUACAAUCAUGCAAGACUUCAACAAAUCUGGAAGCGGAGAAAAGGUGCUACCAACUGCCAUCUUUUUGAUCGGAUACUGCGUCGGACCUAUGGUGUUCAGCCCAAUGAGUGAGACGAUAGGUCGAAAACCUGUUCUCUUCUGGUCUUUCAGUGUCUUUUGUCUUGGAACGUUGGCUUGUUCGCUAGCACCUAAUUGGGCAGCACUCUUAGUAUUCCGGGCUAUUUGUGGAAUCAUGUCUGCAUCCCCACAGACUGUCGUUGGUGGCGUUUAUGCUGAUUUGUUCUCCGAUCUGAAAACUCGUGGCCAUGCUAUGGCACUAUACAUGGGAGCUGCAAGCUUUGGUCCAAUCAUUGGUCCUAUUAUCUCGGGAUGCUCCGUCCAAUACGGCUGGCAAUGGUCAUUUCGUAUCGACUUCAUCUUGAGUGGUCUUAGCUGGAUUGGUCUUUGUUUCCUCUCUGAAACGUUCUCACCUGUUUUGCUCAAGAAAAGAGCGGCAGAGUUGAGAAAGGAGACAAACAGCAAUCGUUACUUUUCUUCGCAAGAGCUCAAGCAGACCGAUACGUCUUUUACCAUGACACAAAUCGCUACUCGUCCUCUCUCAAUGCUCGUUUUUGAGCCAAUUGUUCUUUUUACGGCUCUUUAUAUUGCUCUAGCGUGGAGUAUGGUGUUCUUUUACUUCCAAGCAUAUCCCAUCAUUUUCGAGGGAACCUACAACUUCAAUGUUGCCAUGACCUCUCUUACAUACAUUCCCAUUGGUGUUGGCGCUGGAACAUCUUCCCUGUUUGCCAUUUACUACGAUCAAUUCUACGAAAAGUCCAAGAAUGCAGGAAAAGCCUGGGCAUCCGGGGCAGAAAUGCAUCGGCUUCCAUUGUCCUGUGUCUCUGCUGCUUGUCUUCCGAUUAGCCUCUUUUGGCUCGCAUGGUCGGCAAGAUCUAGUAUUCAUUGGAUUGCCCCUGUGUUAUCAGGCGUACUUUUUGGACUUGCCUAUCAAACGACCUUCAUAUCUCUGCUAACAUACGUCACCGAUGCCUACAGAAUCUACUCUGCCAGUGCACUUGCAGCCUCUGUUAUCCUGCGCAGCAUUGCUGGUGCACUCCUGCCUCUUGCGGCAGAUCCGAUGUACGCAAAUCUCGGUGUUUCGUGGGCAACAUCGGUCCUGGGUUUUAUUAGUCUGGCUUUUCUUCCUAUUCCUUUUGCACUAUUAUAUUACGGCAAGUCGAUUCGAAAGAGAAGUCCUUUUUGUCAGCUAUUGCUGGAGCAGGAGAUGUUCAAGGCGGCAAAUAGUACAAGAACACCUGAAGAGGUAUAA